AUGGAGCAAAUAGGUGCUAUUUUAAAAGAAAGAGUAGAAGAGCUCCAAAAACUAUAACAAAAUGUAUCACUUAGCCAAAAAGAUCCUUUAUCAAUGAAGGAUUGCUUAAGAGAGCUGUUAAAAGCGAAAAAGUAAGAAAAGAUUAGGGCUGCAAAAGAGCAAAAUGUACUUGAAAUAAUAUUUAGUUCUAGAUCUUUGAAUAAAUAGCAACGCAUAGUAUUUGAAAAAGUUUCUUAUGAUGUAAUGAAAUGCAUUUAUCCUAAUUUGCAAAUCAGGACAGUUUUUAGUGGAAAGCUUCCUUAAAUUUUAGAAUUAUUCACACAGUUUUUUGUUGCGAUUGACAUGAAAUAAAAGGCAAAUGAAAUCUUCAAGAUAUUUUCUAAUAACUUGUGUAACAAAUUCUCAUUUAUCUGCUUGCUGCUUAAUAUUUUGAUUGAUACUGUAAAAAAAAAAUUAUCUAAUUUCAUUAAAGUAGAGGCAGAAGAAGUAACGAAAUAACUUGGGAAAAUUCAAAUAAGUCCAAAAAAAGAAUCGAACCUUCUGAACCCUAAUUUAGUUGCUCCUCAAUUACCUUAUUAGAAUACACAAAGAUAGAUAUAAAAACAAUCAAAUAGAAUUACUAAUGAGAAUUAAACAGAUGGAAAAAGCUCAACAAUUUUGAUUAAUUUAAACGAAAAUACAAUUCCAAAUAAAAAUUCCAACAUCAUUCUAAUACAAAAUUCAAAUUAAAUUUUAGAGUAAGAUGAUAAAGUCAAGUAAACGAUUAAAAGCGACUGCAAUAGUAAAGGUGCUGUUAACAACUAAACUAAUUCUUUUUAUAAUUUUAUAUUUGAUAACAUUGAUAAAAAUUCAGUUUGUGAACCUAUUGUGCCCUCCUCACCAACAAAAAUCAAAGAUCUCUUGAAAAAAGAAGAAAAUUUCAGAUAAUUUUUAGGAGACAACCUCAAUAAAGUCGAAUGCUAAUCAAAUUUAAAUAGCCAGAGAAACAAUCUUAUUUAACUAUAAAAACCAUUACCAGCUAGCAGUGCAGCAAUUGUUCAUCCUUUAUCACCAAAUAAGAAAUACACUUAGAUGAUGUUGUAAAGGCCACAAAAUCAUUUUAAUAAGCAAAGAGGAGUUUCUUAAAAUCCAAAUUCUUACUAGCAAAACUCAUAAAGCUUCUAAGGCUAAGGAAACACUUAUUCCACUUCUUCCACAUCAACCAGUGUGCCUAAACGCCAUACAAGCUUAAAGCAACCUCCAAAUCAAGGAUAAAUUUAACAAUUAGAAAGUUUUGUAUAGUAAAUAUAGUAGCCAGAAAUUAACGAAAGUAGUUCUCAAAAUAAUAACAACUUAAGCAGUUAACAAAACAUUAAUAAUUUAAAUUUUCCUUAAAGCAAUAACAAUUUAAGCUUUAAUUAAAAUAACAACACUUCUUAAAACAAUAAUAACAUAUCCAAUACAAAUAAAUGCAUUAUCAAGUAAGUUCCUGAUCGCUUGUAGAAAGAUUAAUUGAAAAUUAACUGGAAUGAUAUUUACAACUUGCUUAAUUAAUAAGGAGGAAGCUAUCAAUUUAACGUAAAAUAUUAGAACUCGUAAUAUAAUUAAACUAUUCGUGAUUUUUUCGGAAUGUUUUUUAACAGAUUCAUGGAGAUUUACAAAACUUCUUGUACUGUAAUCUAUGAAUUAGAUGUUUAUUAUCCUUAUUAAAUGAAGACUUAAUUAAAGAAAUCAAACACAAACCCUAAAGACUGGGCAAGCAUGAACAUAAAUAAUAUUUUGAUGUGCAUGCUUAUUAAAAAUUCACAUGUGAAAUAGUCAAUCACUUAGUACAAUGAGUAAUUUACUUAGUACAAAAAAAAGAGGAAAAACAAUUCAAGAAAUAGUUAAUAAAAUAACUAUAAUCAUAUUAAUAGCCUAAUUAACAAGAAUGCGAAUAACAGUACCUUAGCUUUUCUAAACAACAAAAUAUAAAUAUCAAAUAUUUAUCCAAAAACUUAAAACUAAAAUUCAUAAUAAGAUUAAUCUUAUAUUGAACCGAACUAUGCUAAGCCGUUAAAACGAUACUCAUUUCUUAAAUAAUAAGCUAAUACUUAGAGACCUAUUGAUAACGCUACUCAAAAUUGCAACCAAAAAGCAAUAUCUUGUAACACUAUGCAAAAUCUAAAACAAACAACAUAGACAAUGGCUACUUAGCAAUCAUAAUUAAAUGAAGAUAUAGAUAUACCUUUUUAUUAUCAAAAUAAUAUCACUAAAUUACCCUCACUUAACACUUAAAAUCAAAGUGGUGAUUAGCAAAAGUAAUAAUAGAAACAACAAACAUAAAAUUAAGGGAGUGAUAAAGAUAGAAGCAGUUCUUUAAAUAAGACUUUUCAAGAUAAGAAUUAAUAAAACUAUGCUUUUGAGGAUGCAGCAAUACUAAAAUAGCAAAAUAAUACUUACUUAAUUGGUAGUUCUUAGAUAAGAACAAGACAAAAAAAUCACUAGAGAUCGAUUUCAGAGUUUAGAAAGAAGCUAAAUAUUCUUAAUAACAGCGAUAUCAACAGAAAUAACGAAAACUAGCCAUAUUCUAACAAUACUGCAGAUAUAAAUUAUAAAAUCAUUAAAAUAAAUUAAUAGAAAAAUAUUUAAUAUCAGCCUGAAUCUUUUGUUAAUGCUUUGAACUCAUACAGCAACUAAGAUAUUCUACUUCAAAAGAAAGAUUUUACUCCUAGCAAAAUAAAUAGAAGAUUUAAUUUAUCCUCUUUACCUGAUAAACCAGAAAGCUAGUGCAGUAAUGAAACAAGCUAAAAAGACUUUAAAGAUUAAACAGAUUACAUACAAAAAAUUAAAGAACUCUAAAAAAAUAUCUAAAUAUGCAGUAUUAAUUUGGGAAGUGAGCAAAGGAAACUGAAUGAGGCUGGUUAUUUGCUAAAUCUUCCAAGUUACAGAUAAAAGAACAAUAAAAGUGAGAUGAAUACACCAAUAAAAUCUAGAAUUAGCUAAACAAAUAGACCAAGAGAGUAUUCAUGUAAUAGUAAUUACAAUAACAGUAAUAACUAAAACAACAACUCAAAUUUGAACUUAAGUAAUAAUAAUUGCUUCAACAUUUAAAUCUUAAACAACAAUGAAAAUAAUUCUAGCUAAUCAUAACUUAAUAAAUCUGCUGUAAGCUUCUCAAAUAAAAAGUUUACUUCUUAAAAUAUAAUAAAUAACUCCUAUGCUAGAUAGCUUAGUAGAUUGAUUCAUAAAUCUUAUGAUUAUCCUGUAAAUAUAAUUGAAGACUAAAAAAUGAGACAUCAACAGCUAACUGAGUCUAUUCUAUAAGAGUCUUAUCCUCUCCUCCAUAUAAAUAAUAGCAAGAAAAUACUUUAAUCAAGUGAGUUCUCUUAGUCGCAAAUUAUCUAAAACUCUCAUUUGUAUCCAAGCGUCUCAAAGUUAGCUUCAAAAAUCUAAGAGCAGUGA